UUUUUAUUGUGUUUUUACGCUUAGCAAAUUUCUUUUCUUCUCCUUCUUCCUAUUGUGCAUUUUACUCCUCGUUCAGUUUCAUUGCUCAUAAAAAAAAAUAUUUUACUUCCCUACCCAUGGACUCCUUUUUAUCUGGCGGUGUAGAUGAGAAUGAUGUACAGAGAAAUGAUAUUACGGCAAAUUUAAUCCUUACAAAUCUCCUCAAUACUUUCCCAAAUAUUGACUCCCUACAAAAUCGAUCGCAAUUUGAUAAUUCAAACAAAAAUGGAAAUAGCAUUUUUUCAAGUCUUCUGGAUCCAUUCGAUGGCAAGCCAUUUAACUUUAAUCUUGAUACUCAGGUUAAUCAUGACUUUUAUGGACCACCGGGCAGUGCUAAACCCAGAAAUAUUUCGGGUAGCGUCUCACCACCAAGUUCAUCAAGCUCGUCACAGAGCAUCUAUUGUGGACGCUGUGAGAACAAUGCUUGUCAUCGAUGCUUAGAUUGCAAUGAUGUCUUUUGUACUGAAUGUGUAAGUGAACAUGCCAUAAACCCAUUUACUGAAAAGCACAACAUCAUAAACAUUGGAAAAAUAACACCAAUUGGAAUCAAUACGGCUCCAGUCAGUCAACUCUUCAAUGAACUUCACAUUCAACCGAUUAAUGAACCCCAGUGUGAGAAUCAUAAUGAGACAUUACGUUUUCUUUGUGAGACAUGUAAGAAAGUCGUUUGUCAGGAAUGUACGCUGAAAGAGCAUAAGGAUCAUGAAUAUGUUGCUAUCCAAAACAUUACACUCGAUAAAGCAAAAGAUAAGCUUAAAGCUGUCUGCGAUAGUUCAAAACUUGGCAUUAAAUUUAUCAAAUCCAGUAUUGAUCGUGCUGUUGCUUAUUCACAAUCAAUUGAACGUGAUUCGUUGGAAAUAUCAUCAAGAGUUCGAAAGGCGUUGCGUCUUUUGAUUUUGGCUGCUGAAGACAGAGAGAGAAUCUUGUUGGAACAAAUCGACAAGUACAGACAACAAAAGAUUGCAAAUUUGUCAGAUCAAAUGUUGGGAUUGCGUUCAGCUUUAGCUGGAUUAGCCCAAACAUCAGAAUCUCUCACAAAAAUAGUCGAUAGAGUUGAAAACUUGCCAAAAAUCGAGGUUGCGUUGCUCCUCACUAGCAGCGAAAGUCAAAUUGAAAAGUUUGCAGCCAUGUACAAGAGCUUGCAACCAAAAGAAGAAUAUUUGACUUUUAAUCCACCAAACUUUGAUUUAUUGCAAGAUAUUCGUAAUCAAGGCGAAAUCAUUAUCAACAACAGAAAUGCCAAUAAUCAGUACACAAACGGUUCAAAUAAUGGUCAAUCAGCAGCUGUUCCAGUUCGUCGACCAGUCGUCAGACAAGGAAUAAAUACAAAUGGUGGAACACAAUGGAAUGAAAGUCCACAGAACGAAAGUACAUCGACAUCGCCUGUUUCAUCGACGAUUGUCACAAACACAAACAGCUCGUUUGUUGUCUCGAACAAAACUUAUGCUUCGAUGGUUAAACCACAAGCUUCUCUUGUUGGACAAUGCGUUUUGGGAGCAUCAAAUCAUGUUUCGGUUAAGCCAGCUUUGGCUCCAAGCAUGUCAUUCUGCUUUGAUGGACAUGAAGAUGGUGAGGUAUCGAGGCCUUGGGGAGUUUGCGUCAAUAAGAACAAUGAGGUUGUCAUUGCCGAUCGUCGAAAUAAUCGAAUCCAGGUAUUUUACCCUGAUGGAACAUUUAAAUUCAAAUUCGGUAACAAAGGAACUGGAAAUGGCGAGUUUGAUCUUCCAGCUGGUGUUGCAGUCGAUGCUCAAAACCGCAUCGUUGUUGUCGAUAAAGAUAAUCAUCGUGUACAAGUAUUUUCAUGUACUGGUAAUUUUAUUACCAAAUUUGGAUCUUACGGAAAGGAAAUAGGUCAAUUUAUGUAUCCUUGGGCUGUAGCAAUCAACACAAAAUCACAAAUUCUAAUUACUGACUCGAGAAAUCACAGAGUACAAAUGUUCAGCAUCGAUGGACAUUUCAUUUCACGCUUUUCGUUUGAUGGAAUGAACCAUAGUCGUUACUUGAAAGGUUUGACAACUCCCAGAGGAUGUGCAUUCACACCUGAAGGGAAUAUUAUUAUCAGUGACUUUGAGAAUCAUCGCUUGAUCUUGCUUGAUGCUUCAAUGACUAAGAUUCUGGCAACAAAAGGACACGAAGGCAAUGCACUCAAUGAGUUCUGUCGCCCAUCAGGCAUUUGCUGUGACGACGAUGGACGAAUUGUCGUUGCUGAUUCAAAGAAUCAAAGAGUUUUGAUAUUUUCAGCUAUGCUCGAAUUUUUAUGGGCUGUUGAAAUUCGACCAUCGUCCCAUAACAUUCUAACCGCAAAUAUGGAUGAAAAGGAUAGACCUUCGGAUGUAGCUCUUUUAACUGAUGGUCGUUUGGUUGUGUUGGUUGAAACAUCGCCUGACUCAAGGGAAGUUGUAAGUCCACAAAAAACUUUUGUUCAAGUUUACUAGUGCAAAGAUUUAUGUGAAAUGAAAUUCAAACCCCAAAACAUGAAUUUCUUUUGUUUCGACUUGAAGGAACUGUUUUUUCAAGGCUAAAGGAAUUAUUUAAAGCCUAAACGAGCAACAAAAAAGACUGAUUUAAUACUCAGACUGGAAUAGAUAAAUUUUUUUUUCUUCAUUUUUAAAUCAAAUUUUACACAUGAGGCUAUAUAUAGUGCAAAUUUACAAUUUUUUUUGCUUUAUUUUUUGAGGAAUCUUUUAAGGACAUCCAAUUUAGGAUCAAGUCCUCGAAAUUCUCUCAAUUUAAUGAUGUUUUAAUUGUUUUAUUUUUAUUAUAUACAUUCCCAG